UUAUCCAAAGAAAUGGACCCUUCUCCUUCCAAAAACUAUCCAGUCAAAAAACGAGUGAAAAUACAUCCCAACACUGUGAUGGUGAAAUAUACUUCCCAUUAUCCUCAGCCUGGGAGUGACGGAUAUGAAGAAAUCAAUGAAGACUAUGGAAAUUUUAUGGAAGAAAAUCCCAAGAAAGGUCUCCUGAGCGAGAUGAAAAGGAAAGGAAGAACUUUCUUUGGGACCAUGGACAUCCGACCACCACCAACCGAAGGCCCAGGGACUAGUGAGAUUGGGCAAUUCCAAAAGUUCGCAGAGAAAAAUCUUCUUCAGUCCAGAAAAAUGUGGAUCGUGCUGUUUGGCUCUGCUCUGGCGCAUGGAUGUGUGGCUCUCAUCACCAGGCUUGUUUCUGAUCGUUCUAAAGUCCCGUCUCUUGAACUGAUAUUCAUCCGUUCUGUUUUGCAGAUAUUUUCUGUGUUGGUUGUAUGCUACUACCAGGAGGCCCCGUUUGGACCCACUGGCUACAGAUUGCGACUCUUCUUCUACGGUGUGUGCAAUGUCAUCUCGAUCACCUGUGCUUACACAUCAUUUUCCAUCGUCCCUCCCAGCAACGGGACCACAAUGUGGAGGGCCACCACCACAGUCUUCAGCGCCGUUCUGGCUUUUUUACUCGUGGAUGAGAAAAUGGCUUAUGUUGACAUGGCUACUGUCGCUUGCAGCAUCUUGGGCGUGUGUCUUGUCAUGAUCCCCAACAUUGCUGAUGAGGAGAAUUCCGUGUUAAAUGCUUGGAAGGAAGCCUUUGGCUAUACUAUGACAGUGAUGGCUGGCCUGACCACGGCUCUGUCCAUGAUUGUAUACAGAUCCAUCAGGGAGAAGAUUAGCAUGUGGACGGCCCUGUUUACCUUUGGCUGGACGGGGACAGUGUGGGGAGUAUCGACCAUGUUCAUUCUUCAAGAACCCAUUAUCCCACUGGAUGGAGAAACGUGGAGUUACCUCAUCGCUAUAUGUGCUUGUUCGACAGCGGCUUUCCUGGGGGUUUAUUAUGCUUUGGACAAAUUCCACCCCGCUUUGGUCAGCACUGUGCAACAUCUAGAGAUUGUGGUCGCCAUGGUCUUGCAGCUUCUAGUCUUACACAUAUUUCCUAGCAUCUAUGAUGUCUUCGGAGGAGUAAUAAUUAUGAUUAGUGUUUUUGUCCUCGCGGGCUAUAAACUUUACUGGAGGAAUCGAAGAAGGCAGGAUUAUCAGGAAAUACUAGACUCGCCUAUUAAGUGA